UAAUAACUAGUUUUGAUUUGAAAGAGUCUAGAGAGCGAAAGAUUCUGGAUAAAAAGUCGAGAAGUACUUCAGGAUUGAAGUCCUGAUCCGAGCGAAGCCGGCAAACACUGGAGUGUGGCUACCCGAGUCACAUCAGCCGAGCACCUGUUUGGCCGGGUCCGCAAACCUAUACUAUACUAUAGUGUCCUUUUGAAUUUGUCUGAAGUCCUUUGGCUUUUGUACAGCUACCCAGAAGAUCAUGAGGUAGCUAAAUACAGCUUUAAUACUGCACGUCGAAUCACAAUAAAUAAGGUAUUAGACGUUUCCUGCAUAUGGUGUGGAUGAUUGGUGCAUGAAAUAUGCUGCCAGUGUCACGCAGAAGCUCCAUGGAGUGCAGCCGGCCUGCCUUAAUAGUGGGCAUAUUGUGCUUGAUGGUAUGUGCGGCAGUGGGCCAGGACAUGUGCCCAGGAAGAUACUGUGGUCGCACUGCUUUACCCGAUAAUACAAGCAGUAACUGUGGGUCGUGUCCACGCGGAAGCCGGGCCUUGGAUCACUUACUUUGUAAGGAGUGUACGGAGCCCCUGACAGCUUAUCAAUGGCUGUAUCUUCUGUUCAUGGUGGUCAUCGUGCUGGCUUUCAACUUUGCUAGAAUCAGUCAACAUCACCAUGAUGAGGAUGGUCAGCUGCUGUUGCACUUGUCAAACUUUUUGGAAGUGUCUGUCGCUGCCAUUCUGACCCUCCUCUCCUAUGCACCCCAAGGGCAUGUGAAGUUGCAAACGUGCGGCGUACGGCAAGUGUCGGACUGGUACCCCAUCUUCUACAACCCGUCACCGGAUUUCACUAACACGAUUUACUGCACUUCGGAAGUCGUGUACCCGCUGUACUCCAUAUUCUUUGUCUUCUGCGGUUACUACCUGCUUCUUCUCGUACCGACAAGGUCUAUUCUUGUCCUAAGGGUGCAAAAAGCCAGCAACUUGGAGAGUCUGUACGACACAAUGUUCUUCUUGCCGGUGUGGGCACUGUGUCAUGCAGUAUGCGCAGGACUCAUAUACUACGCACAUCCGUAUCUUACCCUUGUCGCAGUCUUCAUAACAUCGGCAAGCUACUUUGCAUUCACUCUGUAUAAAAGACCAUUCAGUGAAAGUCUUCUCUUGAACGUAAACUUCGUAGCCACGUCAACCCUUCUGGUUCUCGCCAGCACAUUCGGAGUUGGCUCACUAGUUAUGUUCUAUGAGAGAAGUGAUCUGCUGCCACUGAUGGCUGUGGGAAUAGCACCACCGUUGAUAUUCGCAAUUACCAAGAAGCAUGCCAUUCCUGUAAAUUUAACGUGCAGAGCCAGAACAUGAGCCGCAACACCUGUAUAGCUGUGUAGCCGCUCACAACAUUUCAAUUGCAAGCAGAACAUGAAAAAGUUCACUUGAAUUUAUAUUAUCAGCAGCAGCUUUUAGCUGUGUUUGUAGUGUCUUGGUUCAUAGAUUUUUUUUAACCUUUUUUUUCUCUCACUUGAUUUCUCCAGUGACGUGUCGCUUUCAGGUUUACUACUGUGCUGGCGCAGUUCAUGAUAUUGAUCAUCCUAUUGGUGUCUCGUGUUUUGUCAUCCCCUUACAAUGUUUGCAUCCUAUUGGCGUCUUGCGUUUCGACAUGCCCUGCAGAUGUGCUGCAGCCCUUUUUAAAGAAAAUUUUUAAGUAUCCGGA